GUUGUCUUCUGAAUUUUGGGUCUGAAGGUACCCUCUUGUUUUCUCAGCAAAUCAUGGACAUCGUUGGCUUUCUGAAGUCUCAAUUCAUUUGCCACCUUCUGAUCUGCUACAUAUUUAUAGUGUCAGGACUGAUCAUUAACUUCAUUCAACUCUUUACACUUAUACUUUGGCCAAUCAACAAGCAGCUGUUCAGGAGGAUCAACUGCAGGCUGGCAUACUGCAUUUCAAGCCAGAUGGUGAUGUUGCUGGAAUGGUGGUCAGGCACCCAUUGUACCCUCUACACUGACCCAGAGAGUUACCACAAGUAUGGGAAGGAGAAUGCCAUUGUAAUCCUUAAUCACAACUUUGAAAUCGACUUCCUCUGUGGUUGGAACUUUUGUGAAAGAUUUGGAGUCUUGGGGAGUUCCAAAGUGCUUGCAAAGAAGGAGCUCUCCUAUAUGCCUAUUAUUGGCUGGAUGUGGUAUUUCUUAGAGAUAGUCUUCUGCAAGCGUAAGUGGGAGGAAGAUCGGAAAACAGUCAUGCAGAAGCUGCUGAAUCUCCGGGACUACCCUGAAAACUUUUGGUUCCUGAUUCAUUGUGAGGGCACAAGGUUCACAGAACAGAAGCACCAGAUUAGCAUGCAGGUAGCUGAAGCCAAAGGCCUGCCCAAGCUCAAGUAUCACCUGCUGCCACGAACGAAAGGAUUUGCUGUCACCGUGCAGUGUUUGAGAAAUGUAGUUUCUGCAGUCUAUGAUUCUACCCUCAAUUUUAGAAAUAAUGAGAAUCCAACGUUGCUGGGAGUUCUAAAUGGAAAGAAAUAUCAUGCCGAUUUAUAUGUAAGGAGGAUUCCGCUAGAGGAAGUCCCAGAAGAUGAGCAGGAAUGUUCUAACUGGCUCCACAAACUGUAUCAAGAAAAGGAUGCGUUCCAGGAAGAAUACUACCGAACAGGAACCUACCCAGCAGUCCCUAUAGUACCACCCCGACGACCAUGGACACUUUUGAACUGGCUUUUCUGGGCCUUAUUGCUGCUAUAUCCUUUAUUCAAGUUGCUCAUCAACAUGAUCAACAGUGGAUCAUCACUGACACUGGCUACUUUUGCAUUUGUCAUCGUAAUGGCUUCUGUUGGUGUCAGAUGGAUGAUAGGCGUUACAGAAAUUAACAAGGGCUCCACCUAUGGCAACAAUGACAACAAGCAGAAACAAAAGUAGUAUCUUCAGAGACUGCUUCUAUCCAAAGGGAACAAAUGCAACUUCUGAAAACUCUUAAGUGCAUAUCAUGGUCCUUCAAGUGAGAUCAGAGGAAGGGUAGGAUGAGCAAUUGCCAUACAUAUCUGAAUGUGUGCUCCUGUUAUUUUUCUCUGCGGGUUUGGGCUGGAUGACACGCUUGAAAGAUGCACUCCGUAUAUUCUCCACAACAGGUUUGCAUUUGUUUGGUUGGUUUUCCUAUAAAGUGACUUAAGUUUUGAAGAGAAAAAAAAAAAAAAAUUACAGUGUGCUUGUAUGAGACUCUACCUGGAAACUAACCAGAGGUGCAGGCUUUAUCUUUCUUAAUUUGCUCUAAGGAACGGAUAAACGUUGGAAGAUUGUUACAAGAUGAUUAAAAUUAUAGUUGUGUAGAUCACACAUUAACAGUUUAACAACCAUAAUCUGUCAAUGUUUAAAUACAGUAAGAUGCUCUGUUUGGUUAUUACCAGUAUUGGACUGAAGCAGCUCUACCGAACUGGGAGAAUUGUAGUAGAGUUUUUAUACAUCUAGAACUUAUUCCCACAGUGUGCACCACAUGGCCCUUUUGACUCUUCAGCCAGACCCUGGCUAAGGGCCCACUUUGUUAGAUCAGAGCCCUGCGGUGGCAUAACCUGGAGUGGCAUUUGGCCUUCUGGCCUGAGCAGAGCUAAGUUCUGUCUUUCCCCAGGCAAUACAUCAAAGGCAUAGCUGAAACCUGUAAUUCUUUUGAGAGUAAAUGCCAUUUAUAGUUUGGAAAAACUGAGGUAAUAAAAUUCCUUUCAGCUUUAAACAUUGAUUAAAAUUCUAGGCCUUCCUAACAUUGGUAGAAACAAAACAACUGGGUAUGCUGUAACUAAGCAAUGCAAAGCAUGCAUUAAAAGUUAUGCCCCACACCCGUACUAUUGUGAUCCCAAUUAAUCUGCUUGUCUGUCUUUUCUGAUAAAUUAGAUUACAUGGUAUCUCACAACAGUCAGCCUGCGGUAAUAGUUAAAUCAUCUUUUGCUUUUAUUUUGGGGAGAAGAGGGGAAGCAGGAGAGAGACCUAGGACAACGCUAUGACUUAGUUUUUUAUGGCUGUCUGGACUUGUUUUGACACCCUUCUGAAUUAAGUAAAAUGAUAAUCAAGCCCCUUGGGGAAAACUGUGUUGCUCUGACAUCCCUGAUACUGAUUCCAGGGCAGCCUCCUCUUGUUUUUAAACUUCAAGAGUUAAGAAUAUGUAAGUUACUAAAAAAA